AUGGCUGAAAAACAACCGCAGUUGAAUGAGGUCGGAUCGAAGCUGGAGAGUCCUCCUGCUUCGAAAGACACUCUCGUGCAACUGUUAGAGAAUGAUCGAUUGGAUAUUCGUUUAAAAGCGGUCGGCUUUGUUGGGGACCUAUUUGCUCUGCCAGGAUCUGAUAUCUCUGAAGCAUUCCAGCCAAUCUUUUUGGUGUUUUUGAAAAUGUUGACAGAUAGAGCGGUUGAGGUCAAAAUGUCUGUCCUUGAGCACGUCAAGAUUUGUCUGCUGGCUAAUCCAUAUAGAGCUGAAGCCCCUCAAAUGAUCUCUGCGCUUUGUGACCGAAUGUUAGACCAUGAUGAAAAUGUCCGUAAAGAAGUUGUCGCUGCGGUUUGUGAUGUGGCUUGUCAUUCCCUAACAUCUAUCCCUGUUGGGACUAUCAAGCUGGUUGCAGAACAGCUUCAAGAUAAAUCUAUUCUUGUUAAAAGGUAUACGAUGGAGAGGCUAGCUGACAUAUUCCGGGCUAAUUGUCUAAAUCAUUCUAGUUACUCGACAAAGAACGAUAAAUAUGAUUGGAUCGUUGGGAAGAUUUUGAGAUGUGUUUACGAUAAAGAUUUCAGAUCAGACACAAUUGAAACCAUCCUAUGCCUAUCGUUGUUCCCAACUGAUUUUUCAGUCAAAAACAAAGUAGCAAAUUGGGUUAGAAUCUUCUCUGGAUUUGAAAAGGCAGAGGUUAAGGCUCUUGAAAAGAUAUUGGAGCAGAAGCAAAGAUUACAACAAGAAAUGCUCAAGUACCUUGACCACAGAGAGUCAUUUCAGGAAGGUGAUGUUACUGAGAUCCCAAAGAAAGUUAAUGUUUGCUUCCGCACUAUGUCUCACUUUUUCGCUGAUCCUGCAAGUGCGGAGGAAAAUUUUCAGAUUCUUGAUCAGUUAAAGGAAUCUAAUGUUUGGAAAAUUAUGACAAGCCUUCUUGAUCCAAACACUAGCUCUCUUCAAGCUGGUAGUUCACGGGAUGAUUUACUGAGGGCCCUCGGUCAGGAGCAUCAAAUCUACGAGUUUCUGAGUUCUCUCUCAUUAAAAUGCUCGUAUUUGCUUUUCAGCAAGGAGCAUGUCAAAGAACUUAUUCUGGAGGCUGGUGUACUGAAAUCUUCGGGAAGUACCGAGUUAAUUUCAUCUAGCAUGACUCUAAUUGUGAUUCUUGUACGUUUCAGUCCUUUGCUGCUUGGUGGGAUUGAAGAAGAUUUGAUACAUCUUCUUGAGGACGACAAUGAAAUAUAUAAGGAAGGUGUUUUGCAUAUUCUUUCAAUGGCUGGGGGAACCAUCAGAGAACAGCUGGGAGUUUCAUCGAGAUCAUUAGACCUUAUGCUGGAGCGAAUAUGCAUUGAGGGUAGCCGAAGGCAGGCAAAGUAUGCAGUUCAAGCCCUUGCAUCUGUAACAAAAGAUGAUGAUUUCACGUCACUAUCUGUUCUCUACAAGAGGCUUGUUGAUAUGCUUGAGGAGAAGUCACAUUUGCCAGCUGUAUUACAAUCUCUUGGAUGCAUAGCACGGAUUGCUAUGCCAGUGUUCAAAAUUAGAGAAAGCAAGGUUGAAGAGUUCAUAAAGAAAAACAUACUGGAGAGCAGCCAUAUAUCGGGCGAUGAAGUGAAUGGAUGUUGGAAAGACAGAAAUGCUCAUCUUUGUUCUGGUAUUGAUGACCUUGUGGAAAUUCUAAAAAAUAUACUCACUUUUGGAGAAACCUCAAGACACAUUGCAUCAAGUUUGGUUGACAAGGCUCAUUUGAAGCUUGCUGCAGAUGCUGCUCAUUUGAAGCUUGCUGCAGCAAAAGCUGUUCUUCGUCUAUCAAGGCACUGGGAGCAUAAAAUUCCUGUUGAUGUCUUUUAUAUGACCUUGAGAACUUCUGAGACUAAUUUCCCUGAGGUAAAAAAGCUACUACUCAAUAAGGUUCAUCAAUAUGUAAAGGACCAGAUUUUAGACCCAAAGUAUGCUUGUGCCUUCAUACUUGAUUAUGGAUAUUGGCAGCUUGAUUUUGAAGAGAACAAAUGCAAGUUGAAUGAUAUCAUACAGAUGUGUAAGCAAGAAAGGGCACGCCAGGUUUCUACACACUGCGAUGCAACUUCUGCACCAUUUUAUCCUGAGUACAUUCUUCCAUACGUGGUCCAUGGUCUUGCUCAUCAUUCUUCUUUUCCUAAUGUUGAUGAAUGCAAAGAUGUCAAAGCAUUUGAAACUAUUUACAGGCAAUUGUAUUUACUCCUGUCUAUGCUGGUAACUGAAGAUGAAGAUGGAAAAUCUGAUGAAAGUAUUAGCAAGGAGAAAGAAAGUAUUUCUUUGUUAAAUUCUAUAUUUCUGUGUAUCAAGCGCUCAGAAGAUGCUUUUGAUGCUAUCAAGUCCAAGAACUCCUACGUUGUCUGCGACCUUGGGCUGUCAAUCGUUGUGCGACUAGCUCCAAAAAAUGAAGGUGUUCAAGACCUAGGUGCAUCAGUGGUCUUACCUCCAACUGUAUACAGACCACUUGAGAAGAAAGAAGGAAAGGACCUGCUGGUUGGUGAAGAGAAGACAUGUCUGGUUGAUAAGAGCAUCUUGGCCCACCUUGAGUCACUAAAUUUUGAAGCUAAUGGAACUGUUAAUAUAGAAAUUUCUGAGGAUGAGAUCAUGGACAGUGAAACAGACAGCAGCGAGAUGCAAUUAGGAAAAUUUGUGAAACGUUUGAAAGCAAAGGGAGUAAAGGGGAAAAGAGAGGUGACUGAUGAGUUUGCACCAGCUGGAGUGGGAAGUGAAAUUGAUAUCUUGAAAAUUGUGAAGGAAAUAAGUACGGAUAAUUUAGGUGCAACUGGACAGUUUGAGUCUAAUAAGGGUCAUGAACAUGUUUAUAAAAGAAGAAGAAGUGGUCAUAAGUGUCAGAUGAAGAAAACGAUCAGUAGUGAAUCAAAGGAUGUUUCUGUAACAAAACGGAGGAGAUCAUCAUCUGCUCAAGGUUACAAAUCUCCCCCAAAGAUUACUUCAAAGGGUUCUAUAAGGCCAACUGAUGUUAAUGACAGGGGAAUCUCUAUUGGCUCUCCCAAAAUGGACGAGGAAUUUCAAGCUGGUUCAGAAGAUAAAUCUAUGGAGGAUAUCAUGAUACCUGCAGAGUCAGACUUAGAUUCUUAUACUAAGAAGAGAUCUAACUCCUCAACCUCAAAGCAGAAGGGCAAACGUGCUCAUGGAGAUCAUGGCAAAGCCCAUGAUGCUAAGAAGCCUAAGAAAGUUGUGGAGACUGAGAGCAAAAGUCUGAUAAGUAAUUCCAAAUCCAGAUCGAUAAAGAGGCAAGAACAGAGAAGUGUUUCUGGGCUGGAAAAGGACAAUGGAAGUUUCACAGAGGACUUGGUUGGGUGCAGAAUCAAAGUUUGGUGGCCGACGGAUAAGAUGUUCUAUGAAGGUGUUGUCAAGUCUUUUGACUCCCAAAAAAAGAAGCAUGUGAUAUCAUACGAUGAUGGAGAUGUGGAAGUUCUUCGAUUAGAGAAGGAGCUCUGGGAACUUCUUGACAAUGGCCAAAAAGCUUUGAAGCAGUCAAAUUCCACAAAGGGUUCUUGUCCUAAAGGAGUAUCUCCAUCAUUUCGAGGAAAAGGAACAAAAACCUCAGGGAAAACUCUGAAGCAGAGACAACAUGGUGUAUUCAAGAGUAGUUCCUCCAUCGAAAGUGGAGGAAGCCCUGGUGUUAAACACUCUGAAUCCGUCUCCAAGUCCAUUGUUGAUGAUUUAGACUCAGAAGUUUCCCAGAGAGAGCUGAUUUGGUUGCUGGAAAUUGAGUUGCAGGUUUCCAUGGCUUCAAAAGCAGAUAAUUCAAUUAAACCUAGAGAUGUUUGCAUUGUUGGUGUUGCUCGAACGCCAAUGGGUGGCUUCCUUGGUUCCCUUUCAUCUUUGCCCGCUACAAAACUUGGUUCUAUAGCUAUUGAAUGUGCUCUUAGGAGAGCAAAUGUGGAUCCAUCUUUGGUGCAAGAAGUCUUCUUUGGAAAUGUUCUUAGUGCAAAUUUAGGCCAAGCCCCAGCCAGACAGGCCGCAUUAGGCGCUGGUAUACCUAAUUCUGUUAUAUGCACCACCAUUAACAAAGUGUGUGCCUCUGGAAUGAAAGCGACAAUGAUUGCAGCACAAACAAUAGAAUCAGGUACAAAUGAUGUAGUCGUAGCUGGUGGCAUGGAAAGCAUGUCUAAUGCACCAAAGUAUCUCCCUCAAGGAAGGACGGGAUCUCGGCUAGGACAUGAUAGUAUUAUUGAUGGCAUGCUCAAAGAUGGUCUAUGGGAUGUCUAUAAUGAUAUUGGAAUGGGUGUUUGUGCAGAAAUAUGUGCUGAUCGAUGUAAUAUUACCAGAGAAGAACAGGAUUCUUAUGCUAUUCAAAGUUUUGAACGUGGAAUUGCUGCACAAACUAGUGGUGCAUUUACAUGGGAGAUAGUUCCGGUUGAAGUUUCUAGCGGAAGAGGGAAACCAACUAUCAUUGUUGACAAGGAUGAAGGUUUAGGAAAGUUUGAUGCAUCUAGAUUAAGACAGCUUCGACCAAGUUUCAAGGAAAACGGGGGUUCUGUUACUGCUGGCAAUGCAUCUAGUAUAAGUGAUGGGGCUGCUGCACUUGUACUAAUGAGUGGAGCAAUGGCACAUAAAUUAGGAAUAAAAGUGGUUGCCAAAAUCAGGGGCUAUGCUGAUGCAGCUCAGGCUCCAGAAUGGUUUACAACUGCUCCAGCCCUCUCAAUACCGAAAGCAAUAUCAAAUUCUGGAUUGGAAGCAUCUAAUAUUGAUUACUACGAAAUAAAUGAAGCCUUCUCGGUUGUGGCUCUUGCUAAUCAAAGGAUGCUCAAUAUUGACCCUGAAAAUCUGAAUGCGCAUGGUGGCGCUGUGUCUUUGGGACAUCCUUUGGGUUGUAGUGGAGCUCGAAUAUUGGUCACAUUGUUAGGGGUGCUGAGGCAGAAAAAAGGAAAAUUUGGGGUUGCUGCAGUCUGCAAUGGUGGAGGAGGUGCAUCUUCUGUUGUUAUAGAACUCAUGCCAGUGUCUUGGGUGGCACGAAAGUUAAACCGAGGUUCGUCUGUUAUCGAUAGCUACAAGUUGCUAAAAGAAGGCAAAGAGCUAACCAGGGAUGAAGUUUUUCUUGCUAGCGCUCUCGGUUGGUGUAUUGAAUGGCUUCAGGCAUAUUUUCUUGAUAUUAUGGAUGGUUCUGAUAUGAGACGUGGUCAACCAUGUUGGUUUCGAUUGCCCAAGGUUGGUCUAAUUGCAUUAAAUGAUGGAAUCAUACUUCGGAACCACAUUGCUCGAAUUCUGAAGAAGCACUUCAGAGAAAGGCAUUAUUAUGUGGAUCUAGUAGAUUUGUUCAAUGAAGUUGCUUGUGCAUUGCUUAUGGCUGGUGAGAGCUUAGACUACCAUGUAGACAUGAAGAAUAGCGAUCCCGGUCCUCCAUGCUUUAUUGGAACGGAUAUUGAAAAUUUCAAGUGUUCACGGCUCGUUGUAAAAGCCUUGGAACAUUGCAAUGAAGAACAAAAGAAAAUUUUAUUCGAGCAUUAUGGCGAAGCAGAUGCAGCUGAUGUAGCCUAA